AUGCAGCAGAGACUGUUGAAGCAUAAAACACUGGAUAAAGUCGUGGCACAAGCAAGCAAGGUGGAAUUAGUGAAGGAUAUGGCCUCUCUAAGUAGGCACAAAUCUAUGACUCAAGUGCAAUUACACACUUCAGAGGAGAAGGAUCGAUCUUGCCAGUCUGAUGAAAGCUCUACUACAAAGAAUAUUCCUACAGCCAUUCAACAGUUGCAGAAAGAUGUAAAUAAGCUAAAAGCAGCUGAACAGGAACAGCCAUGGGCUGUGAUUUACCUGGAGGAGAAAGAAGAUGAACACUUGAGGAAAUGA